GCCGUCGCCAUGGCAACCGCCGCGGCGCCGCUGAAGGAUGUCGGCCGGGGAGCGGCGGGGUGCCGCGGGCUUCGCGUUUCGCCCCCUGCCCCAGAAAGCCUUCCCUUGCCUGCAGGACAGGGACAUCCGGGAGCGGCUUCUCAAAUGGUCAAUGCAAGGCAGUAUCGCAGCACAGGCGUUCAGCUUCGACCAGCAGUUUAAGCCCUAUCAAAAGGAUGAGUUCGUUAUGGCAUUUUUUAAUGAUCAGAAUGUGAUCUCCAAUUUAAAGUUGCUCUCAGCUUCAGGACAGUGGACUACAUUGGGUUCCAAAGUGACAAAAAUUGAAGCUACAUUAGUGCCCUGUACGCAGACUUCCAUGUCAUUUUUUGAUCGGCUCUACACUGAAGGAGUUGUUAGAGAAAAUGGAGUCAUUGUAAAAUGUUAUGAUGAAUAUUAUGAUGAUAUCCCUAUCUCUGAUGAAUUAAGGAAGGUCUUGCUUCUGGAAGAUUCAGACCAUUAUGACAUAUUUAGUGAAUCAGACCGCAAGGAAUUUCUGUUCUGUCUUUUUAAACAUCUUUGUAUUGGAGGAACUCUUUGCCAGUUUGAAGAUGAACUUGGUCCGUACUUAGAAACUACAAAGGCUUUAUACAAAGACUUGGUGAGUGUUCAAAAGAAUCCCGAAACGAAAGAAAUAAGCAUUACUUCUACUGUCUUCAGAGUGUCUGCAUAUGCAGGGUACCUACUGGAACACAAUUUCAUGUGGUUCUGAUGAAAAUGUUCACUCAAGAUGACCUAUUUCUGCAGUGGAUUAUUUCCAGUUAUUUUACCAACUAAACUCAGAAUCUGCAGUGUGAUCAUUUUAAUGCUGAGGUAACAAUUUACAAGCCAUAUUUUCUUGGUCUGUAUCUGAAAGAAAUGGAUGUAACCUCUUAGCCUGACGUAAAAGAAAGCUGUGCUGCUAAAAGUGAGCUGAACAGCAGCCAAGAAAUUAGAAGAAUCCAAACUGAUCUUUGCAAACUGAAUUAAUAAAUGGACAAAUAAAUACACUUCAUUUGUUUGCAGAAAUACAAGUGGAAUCAGGAAUUAAGUAUUUUAUGUGAUGUCAUCUUGAUAGCAUCGCUUUCCUUUUAUUUGAUUUUUACAUUGUGGCCAGUAAGCCCUCCUUUUGGAGACUGUCUAAAAAAAGAACACUACUAUAAUUGGGUAAUACAGAGGUUGAACCAGCUGUCAACGAUAUUGUAUGAACAUUGUGAGUCAUGCCUCCUUUUCAACAAGUCUGUGUCCAUAGAUACAUUACUCAGUAGUGUGAUCGUAUCAAAAACAGUGAUGGAAACUGAUGAUGAAAGGAAUAUGGCAUGAUUAAAAGCAGUUUAGAACAAGGUAGUCGGAUCUCAAUAUUUCAGAGUAGUAGGGUGUAGCUAUGAAUGUCUGUAGAUCUGUUUAGCAUCAAAACUUUGUAGAACUGGUCAUGAUGGGAGAAAUCACUUUGAGUCUUGUGACCAAGCACUAAGAGCUUUGGCGCUGGCGUAAAAUGAAACUGUCCUGUAGCUGAAGUAUUUGGAUGCAAACUGCUGUCUUAGAACUUUCCUUACCUGAAGGCCAACUGUAGCGCUGCUGGGAAUCAGAAGUAAUAAAUGGCUUCUUCAAAAAUUCUUUUAAACUGACGGUUAAGUGGUGCUGUGCUGAGAGAUGCUCAGCAAUAUCCUUAUUUCAGCAUUACGCUGCACAUUUCAUCUUUCAGUCAUCUGCAGGUUACCUGUAUGAGUUGAAAACGAAACGAUCCUAGUCUGUAUCAGUAAAUCAGCUAUUGCAUCCACUGCAUGUCUGAACCAAACUGCAGAUGGAAUUGGAACGACUCUUAGCCCACGUACACCUACCCCACUGCUGUAAUGAUCACAGUAACGCUACGUACAUUCUAAUGCUGUUACACUCAAGGCUUUUAGGUGCUUUUUCUUGUUGUUUCUUUGUUUUAAAUAGCCCCCUUACUAACUAGGACAAAUUUAAGAACUUGAUCAGAUUAUUUUCCUCAUCCUAGGUUUGUUAUACUCUGGAAUUUCUUGAAAUAUCAUCAGAACUUAAUUUAUUUUUGUUCUUAAGUUGAUGAGUAAACUUCCAGUGCGCAACUGCUGCCUUUAAACAGUCAAAAAUGGAGCUGAGAUCGAUCAAUUCAGUAAGGACUGCUAAGUGGGAUCUUCAGUAGCAAUGCAAAGAAGUGUAACUAGCAGUUGUGUCUCAAUGUCGGUGUUUUGAGUUAGUUCUGUGUGUGAGCUUAGGUUACUUUUGGGUUAAACUCCAAGGCAUUGUGAUGCUGGAUGCUGUUAUGUCUUAAAGCUUGCUCUCCUUACUGGAAUAGAUAAUCCAGUAUCUGAUACACACGUAUCCCCAUAAAACAUCUAUAGAGAGUUAGGUGUCUAAACCUGAGAGCUAUGGAGCUUGUGUGCUGGGUUCUUUAAAAAUAGAAUGCUAUUUUUAGCUGGCGGCAUUUGCCUACCAUCAGAAAAUGCUGUGAAUAAACAUAUCAAAUCUCUACCUGUCUUAAACAAUGCUUUUAUGGUGGUGCUUAUCUUAAUUUAAGAUUUACCAU